UUGGGCGUUGGACUCCGCAUCUUAUUAGCAACAAGGGAAAUUUCUCCAUUUUGCAGCCUGUCUACAGCGACACGGCCACCGAUCCUGGAUUUUAUCACCGCUGCUACCUGUCAGCUUUCUCCUCAUUUAAAAAAACCCUCAUCGCUCUGACUGGACUUGGCCUUACAUUUUCUCUUUGAACUUUUUCUUUUUGCAGAAAGGGAAACAGCAUCGAAGAGCUUAACGUUUCAACAAAGAGGCUUGUGGGUCUUUGUUCGUUUUUUUUGGAUCAGUUGAGUUUCUUUGUUGGAGCCAAAAAAGCAUGGGAGCGCAAUUGACCAAGACAGCUGUAAAGGCUGAAACCGCGUCUGAAAAGCCCGGAGAGGUUGCUGCUUCACCCACCAAGGCCAAUGGACAGGAAAACGGCCAUGUGAAAGUGAACGGAGACGCCUCUCCUACAGUGGCUGAGAACGGCAAAGAGGAGGCUGUCCAGGCCAACGGCAGCGCCGCGGCCGAGGAGAGCCCCAAGGAGGACAAGGCAGAGGCUGCCCCUGCUGAGAAGGAGACUGCAGAUGGGGAGAAAGUAGAGGCAGCGUCUCCUGCUCCAGCUGAAGGAGAAGCAGAAGCAAAGACAGAGGACGGCGCCACACCUUCCACCAGCAACGAAACCCCCAAGAAGAAAAAGAACAAGCGCUUCUCCUUCAAAAAGUCCUUCAAGCUCAGUGGCUUCUCUUUCAAGAAGACCAAAAAGGAGACAGAAGAGGAAGCAGAGGCCGAGGAGGCAACCGCAGAGGAGGCCAAGGCCGAGGGAACAGAGGAAGCAGCAGCAACCAGUGAGGAGGCCAAGCCUGCUGAGGGGGGGGCCACUCCUGAUGCUGAGCCUGCCAAGGAGGAGGCAUCGGCCGCGGCGCCAGAGGUAGCAGCAGAGAAACCAGCUGAGGAGACCGCGCCCGCCGAGGAGCCCAAAGCUGAGGAGCCCACGGCCGAGGACAAACCAGCCGAGGAAGCACCCAAAUCAGAAGAGGCUGCCCCCCCCACACAGGAAGCAGCGUCAGAGGAGGCUCCGGCUGCCGCUGCAGAACCGGCUGAAUAAAUUCCAAGAGAGGGAGAAAUUAGAACAAAGAAGAUAAUCAAAGAACAUUUCCCUGUUUGUAUGUUGGAGGGACGCCAGCCUGGCUUUAAAGAACAUUUCUACAGCAGGGAUACUUUAAGGCUUUUCUUUAUUUUUAUUUUCGGUUUACAUUCCCCAUUUCACAAAACCCAUUUGGGCCCUUUGUUACUUCCACUCCAGCGGGCCAGGGAGGGUGGCUUCAGUACAACACAUUAAAACAACCACUCUGCCAUAUAUUUUAUCAUCAGUAUUACAGUUUCUUUCUUUUUGAAUUUUUAUACAAAAUGUUAACAAAAUGGUAUGGAGCAGACCGGGUGGGGAUGUAAGUGAAGGGGGGGGGGCUAGAUCUGCCACAGACUAUCAUUGAAAGAAUAGUCUAAAAAGUGAGACCAACAUCCACAGACUCCAUACGGUUAACAACACUAUCAUUUUUACAACAGGAAUCCCCAGGGUUAUGUUUUAGGAAGAAUAGGAGCUUUCACUUCUCAUUAGCUGUCAGUGAUUCAGUAGGAAUACAAGUUGUAUAGGCUUUAUUGUUUAUUGUUGGUUUUAUGACCUUAAUACAAAUGUAAGUAUGUAUAGGCGGGGUGUUUUUAACUGUGAUUAUUGUACAAAAUUAAAUCUUGAUCUCAAGAGGAAGCACAUGAAGUUUUCAGCUCUUUUUCCACCCGCUCAUUUUUGUAAGAUAACACAAAGACCUGGAAGACCUUCUGAAGCAAUUUUGAACUCGAAAUCAAGCUGUGAUGAAUGGGAUGGUUAACUGUUUAUACUGUGCUAUGUUUUUGAUGACAGCCAGCAAUGCUUUUUCAGUGGUCUCUGACAAAAUGUAAGGAAUCUAUCAGAUGCAAAUGUUUGUGAAGCAUCUUGUCUCUCUAUUUCUCUUUGUUUCCUUUUGUAAAUACUGGAGAAUCUUUGACCAGUUUGACUUAGAGACGGAAUGUAACUUUGCUUACAAAAAAAUUGCUAUUAAACUCCUCUGCUUAAGGUGUUCUAAUUUUCUGUGAGCACACUAAAAGCAAACAUAAAUGUGAAUAAAAUUUGA